CACUGCUAUAAAGCGCUCGCGCCCUGGAGAUCACCUCAGUAUCUCGCUAUUCACGUGCCACUGCGUGAGUUUGGGAAUAUAGUACUAACAUUUACGUGUUGGAGCAUCGCUGACCGUCCUUUUCUUCAAAGGUAUUUUGAUGUUACCAACAGAAAUCUCAGGUGGAGUGUGUUUCAGCACAAGUCAGCACUCCAAAGAAGGAAGGAACGGAAUGAAAACAGAAGAAAACCAAUCAUGUCUUCAGCAGGCCCCCUCCACCACUCCUUAUGAGCAUUUGGGAGGAGGUGAGGUGUGUGCAGGGUGUGAGUCUCCCAUCGCAGACCGCUUCCUCCUGCGUGUGAAUGAACUGUCCUGGCAUGAGACCUGUGUCAAGUGUACAGUAUGUCGCAGCGCGCUGAGUGGGACCUGCUACUGUCGGGACCGCUUGCUUUACUGCAAGCAUGAUUAUGAGAAGAUGUUUGUGCGGAAGUGCAGUGCGUGUCUGCAGGCGAUCAGCCGCUCGGAGCUCAUCAUGCGUGUGCUGGGGCAGGUGUACCACCUGGGCUGUUUCAGCUGCUGCGAGUGUGAGCGCCGGCUGCAGAGAGGUGAUGAGUUUGUGCUGAAGGAGGGACAGCUGCUCUGCCGGGGAGACUAUGAGAAGGAGAGAGAGAUGCUGGCUGCCCUCAGUCCGACUCCUACUGAGUCAGUAAAGAGUGAGGACGAGGAGAGUGGUGGUAUAUCUGUUGGGGGGAAAGGCGGGGAUGAUGGGAAGGAGCACAAGCGAUCCAAGAGACCACGUACCAUCUUAACCACACAACAGCGACGUGCCUUUAAGGCCUCCUUCGAAGUGUCCUCCAAACCCUGUCGAAAGGUGAGAGAAACUCUUGCAGCUGAGACUGGACUGACUGUGAGAGUUGUGCAGGUGUGGUUCCAAAAUCAAAGAGCAAAGAUGAAGAAGAUUGCUCGCAGACAGCAGCAGCAGCAACAGCAGCAGGAUCAGGAGCAGAUGGGUGGGACAAGGAGGGGGUCGAGCAGAGGGGGUCGCCAGAGUAAUGAUGACAGUGAGGAUGGCUCUAGCAGUCAUGGAUUGGAUGGGCUGCUUUCAUAUUCCUCUCUGCCACGCCAGCAACUGCUGGCUUUGGAUCCAAACAUAUACGGGGGUGAGCAGUUCAGACACGGCCUCACGCCACCACAGCUAGGCCCUGAGCAGAUGCAUUCCUAUGACUCAGAGACAGUAUUUCAUGACUUGGACAGCGAUGGAAGUCUCAGUCACCUUGGUGAUUGUCUCUUGCCAACCGCAGAAGCUGGAGUUCUUGCUGGCCGAAUAGGAAAUCCCAUUGAUCGCCUCUACUCCAUGCAAAACUCCUACUUUACCUCAUGACCCCUCCACAACCCUGUUUCCACCAACCUAAACAGCUCCAUCAUCACUAUAGGGGACAAACGAUAGAUUGACUCUCACUGAAGCAUAUCUUAUCACCAAACCUACCUGGACACCACAAACACAAGAAUAAUAUCUUAACUGUGCCAAAAAAGAUCUGACAAAGGGCCUACAACCAUUAAAAUGAUACAGGAUUUGAUCAUAUCCUAAAAAGUAAUGGGCAGAGUUUGCAGCACAAGGCAGUUUCAUUGAAAUUACACAAUUUUGGAGUAUAUUACACAUGUACACGUUUUAUGUAACAGACAUUGGGAUAUUACAGACAUUGACAGGCAGCUUGUUCGUGAAGUAUGUGUUACCUCAAUUUUAUUUCACUACACAGCCAACAAAGAUAAGUAAUUCAUAUAUUACUUUCCUAAACAAUUGCCUUUCACUCAGUAUGUUUUGCAUAAUGUCAUUUUUGCAUAGGAAUGAACUUCCAUUCAAAUUUAAAGAAAACAAAAAAUUAAUGCUGGCCGACGUCAGCUGUACAUCAAUAUACAGUAUAUUAAAUUGAUCAGAUUGUUUUUAUGAAUAUGUUAAUUUAUAAUAAGUUGUUUAAUUAUUUCACACACACACACACAAAAUGACAUUGCAGUAAUUAAAAAAUACACUGGCUAUAAUUUAGCCUGUACUAGUUACAAAAUAAACAUCUGUUUCUAAUAAUUUGAAUGAUAACCAUUAUACACAUUAAGUCAUUUAAUAGUGUAAUUCAUUUAGAUUGUUUAAC